CAGACCUAUAACCUGAGAGGCAGGACCAUGGAGUCUUUCUGGUGUCAAUUAUAUCCCUGGCUUGAAAAUUUGUGACCUUUACAAUUGGCAUGACCACUCCAUCAAUUUCAAUUUCCGUUCAUGUUGGGUUGCUUAAUAGACGGUUUUACCAUCAUGUGAAACUAACUUCUUUCUAUGCUUCUUGUAGUUGCAGGAAAACUGACUCCCGACAGGUACAACUGCCUUGCUCAUGCUAGAAGAGAGAGAGAAAGCCAUGGCGGAGAGAGAGGCGGAUGGUGAG